CCGUGCAGAAGCGUUUUGAAAACCCCUUUGAAACAAGCAGCUACCUCGCAUUCGGUGUUGACGGAGAUACAGCCGGACCGUCAGCCUCUAACCACCCCCCCAAAACCUAAAGAAAUCCUUCCAGCAGAUCCAUGGACCCCUACUUCGAACCUUAAAAUGCUGAUUAGCGCCGCUAGUCCGGAGAUUAGGAGCAGGGAACAGAGAAGGGAGCUGUCAAACGACGUAAGCGAGGUCCUACAGGCAAAACACUGUUUGCAGGAGCACUUAUCGGGAGACGAAUAUGAAAAAUCUCAACCAAGUCGCAAAGAGAAAAGUCUAGGAUUACUGUGUCAUAAAUUCUUAGCUCGGUAUCCUGAUUACCCCAGCACUGAGGAGAAUAACUACAUUUGCCUUGAUGAAGUAGCUGAAGAGCUUAAUGUUGAACGUAGACGGAUAUAUGAUAUUGUGAACGUGCUAGAGAGCCUACACAUGGUGAGCCGCCUUGCCAAAAACAGAUAUGCUUGGCAUGGGCGACAUAAUCUCUCCAAAACCCUGCAGGCUUUGAAAAAAGUUGGAGAAGAGAACAAAUAUACACAGCAAAUUCAGAUGAUCAAGAAAAGAGAAUAUGAGCACGAAUUCGAUUUUGAUGGUGAAAGAAAUGAAGAAACGGCGAGAACUUUUGGCUCAAAUGAGCAUUCCGAAAUGUCUUUUGUCGAGCUCCCAGGAAUGGAAUUUCGUGCUGCAUCAGUAAAUAGCAGGAAAGACAAGUCUUUACGAGUGAUGAGUCAGAAAUUUGUGAUGCUGUUCCUUGUAUCGACUCCUCAAAUAGUAAGCCUUGAAGUUGCUGCUAAAAUCUUGAUUGGAGAAGACCAGUUAGAAGACUUAGAUAAAAGCAAGUUUAAAACCAAAAUUAGGAGACUUUAUGACAUAGCAAAUGUUCUCAGUAGCCUUGAGCUUAUCAAGAAAGUUCACGUUACAGAGGAGAGAGGUAGAAAACCAGCAUUCAAGUGGACAGGACCUGAGGUCUUGCCAAAUAUUCAGGAUACAAAACUUGAAACAACUUCUACGACCUGUCCCACACCUAUUUCAGAAUCCAUCCCUUCCAAAGAGCAGUGUUCAAAAAACCUUUUCCCUUCAAGAGGAAAGCAAAACUUCACUCGGCAUCCAUCUCUAAUAAAGUUAGUUAAAACUAUAGAAAAUGACAGAAGAAAGAUCCAGUCUGCUCCAACCAGUCCAGUUAAAAUAUGUGCAAGUACUGAUCAAAAUUUAUCAGCUUUCCCAAGUAAAAUGGCUCAGGUUCCAGCAGUCGCUAAACAUCAGCUGGAAGGACAAUCAAAGAAAGCAAAAGAGAUGAAAAUGAAAUUGUCAGGAUCUGCUUUGGAAUGUAAUUUGUCCUCGCCUGAGGUAGUCCUCAAGCCCGAACCCUCGCAGCAGCCGGCUCUCACACAGCCCCCGGGUGUCUGUCCCCCGAGCCACAGCUCCGUCUCACCAGUAAUACUACCUCAUCCUCAUUCGGCUCUUUCGUAUGCCAUUUAUCUGCAUCCUUCCCAAGCCCACACUGUGACAACGUACAGCCCAAGUUUCAUGUUGCAGCCUCUACCGCGUGCUAACGUAACUGGAAUUAAGAGUAUUAACUCAAAAGUAGUAAAUAAAACAACCGCUGAGGAAGGAGACAAUCAGAUAGCUACAGAUGAUCCAACAAAGUCCCUGACAGCUAAAGAAAGACCGACUAUAAAAUCAGAAACAUCGUCACAGCGGUGCCUUAAAAGACCACAAGCAUUACAAGAGAGUAAUUUAAUUAAAAGGUAUAGAAGUGACAAGGAAAGCCUUGAUACUUCGCUGGGAGAAUCCAUUAAAAAUGAAAGACCACCUUCCAAUAGCUCACAAAUGAACCACGAAAUGGACAAUUUCCAGGAAGAGAAACAGAACAAAACUGAAACAUUAGAUCAAAACAUGACAAGGUGCUAUGACCAAUGUAAAAGAGAAGAUAUUCCAGAAGAUGAGACUUUUUUUCCAUCUGGUUAUCUCAUUCCUCUUGCUCAGUGCACCCAUGGCAACAAGGCAGGCUUUUCUGACGAAGAGAAAGCUGGGAUCUGUUCAUUACAGCACACUACCUACAGCUCACCCGUUGCUGGUGUCAUUCCAAUGACAGCACCUGAACUGAAAGCAGUUAACAUUCCUGCUUUCCAUAUAACACCCCUGAAUAUAAUGCUGUCGCCGACAUCUAUAGCUGCUGCACCUGUACUGAGCAACUCCUGUCUCACCUCGAGCAAUACCGCUUCUGCCCCAAAUCCAAGUUCUUCAGUUCUGAACUUUACUCUGCAACAUGUAGGACUAAUACCUGCCGGUGUGCGAGUUCCUGCAAAUCCUGUUCUUCAGCACGUGCCGGUCUCUUCACAACCAGAAAACGUUAGCCGUAGCUCAGAAAACCUAAAUUUGCAAGAGGAGAAGCCCUGUGUUCCAAAGGAAGCCCAAGGGCCCCAGACAGUUACAGAAAAUUUUUUCCGCACGCCAGGAGGGCCGAACACAGUACCUUCGCUAGCUGCAAAUUCAGAUGGUACCAAUCGAAUCUCUCAAGGAACUCUGUAUAUUCCUCAACGAAAACUUGAAGUGUCCGAAGACUAA